GUCUUGGGCCUUUGGUUAUUGGAUGGUGUCCUGCAAAGACGCGCAUGCAUGCUGGCGUCAUUGAACGCUGUGCCGUCCGUUGCGCUGAAGUUCUUGGUAACCAAGGGGCUACGCUGAAAAUUACGCUCGACAAUACUUCUAUCAUCCAGCGACAACGACAACGGCAACGAUACUAGCAACUCCUAGCAACCAGGUGGAUUGUGGAAGAUGGCCUCGCCACGAGCGAUUCCGUCCGCUUCAGCGGCAGACUUUUGGGUCUCAUCAGUGCCCACCCUGCCGGAUGCUCUGGAGAAAUUUCAAAUCUAUGCGGGCGAUCUCCCUGCUCGCCCUCCGGCGCGGGCCGGGGACAAUGCGCACAUCUACUUCAUGCUGCACAAAGCUAAACAUACGGCGGACAAGCGGAGACUGCUUUUAUGGAUGAAUGGUGGGCCAGGAUGCUCUAGCUUUGAUGGAGUUAUGAUGGAAAUCGGUGCCUGGAGGACCAAGGCCGAUGGCACAGGCCUGGAAUGGGCACAGGAAGGAGGUGCUUGGAAUGAAUACGUGGACGUGCUCUAUCUUGAUCAACCUGUGGGAACCGGGUUUUCAUAUGUCUCCACCAAUGCAUACGCAAGCACAUUAUCUCAGGCUGCGGACGAAGUCAAAUAUUUUUUGGAGCGCUUCGUGGAAGUUUUCCCAGAGUACAAACGUGGUAAUGGCGCAGAUGCCUAUAUCGUAGGAGAAUCUUUCGCUGGACAGUACAUCCCUUACACUGCAAGAUCACUUGUACAAGCCGGGGGCUCAUCUCCGGUCGAUCUUAAAGGGAUCGCGAUUGGCAAUGGGUUCAUUGAUCCACGCUCCCAAUACGGGUCUGAAAUUGACCUGCUCGUUGAAAGGAAUGUGUGGCAAAAGGGAGGAAAGGAAUACAAUGCUGCGAUGGCCAGCUUUGUUAAGUGUCAAGAAAUGAUGCGCAAGACUCCAGGAAAUCCAAGGAACAUCCCAUUUUGCGAAAGCUUACUCCCUCAGGUCAUUGAUCUCACCAAGGAUAUGAGCGGUGGUCAAGCAAUGUGCAUCAACAUCUACGACGUACGAUUGGCAGAUACCAUGCCUGAGUGCGGCAUGAAUUGGCCGCCCAACCUGCACGCAACCUAUGAUUUUCUUCAUCGACAGGACGUCAGGAAAGCAUUCAAUGUGAACGAAAAACAAAAACCUGAGGCAUGGAUUGAAUGCAAUAAACGCGUCGGCUCAGCACUGUCAUCAGACACCGAAGAUGCUGCUGUCACAAUUAUUCCUGGACUGCUCGAACACAAUAUCCAGGUAUUGAUCUUCGCUGGGGACCAAGAUCUAAUUUGUAACCACAUCGGUUUGGAGCGCAUGAUCGACAAUCUAGAGUGGAAUGGUCGGCGUGGCUUCUCGUCAGCCGCCUCCACUGCUGCACAGCAGUGGUACGUCAAUGAAACUGUAGCAGGGUCGUGGCGCACUGAGCGCAAUUUGACUUACGUCUCUGUUGCCGGGGCCUCGCAUAUGGUCGGCUAUGACGUCCCUAUCGUGUCUCAUGACAUGAUGCUACGCUGGAUGAAUGUAGAUCUGCUCAGCGCUGCUGGUCCAUCCGCUCGCAUUCCAAGCCGAUUGGGCAAUGACGCCGGACGAGAAUUGGUCAUCGGCGGAGCUGCAGGUCACGAUGUGUCUGUCAUUCCAGGAAGUAAGUCGACCGAGCAAGCAGCGUUGGAUGCAAAGUGGGAAGCGUACUACCAAGCCGGGAGCGCGGCGCUUGUGAUCCUCCUUCUCAUGCUCGUCAUUGGCUCCUGCAUCAUUCUCCGCCUGCGAAGAGCCGCACGGAAGCAAGGCACAUACCAAGCGCCUGGGUCCAGAGGCAUAAGCAUAGACAGUGGGGCAGACAUGGAGCUAGAUCGUCUAGUAGAGAAUGCAGACGUCGAAGAUGAAGCCGAUGCACGUCGCAGCCAACAGCUUGGCAAGCUCGAAGAGGAGCGAUUUGUCAUUCACGACGAGCGGCAAGAGCGAUAGCAUGUGAUUCAUAGCAAAAUACGAUCUAUGGUGUAAGGUCC